UGUCGUCAAACUUCAAAUUCUAUCGAUAGUCAUAAAAAAUUGAAUUGUUGUUUAUUUCGUUUUAUCAGUGCAAAAGUUUAUAUUUUCUUAAAAAAAAAUAAAAGUCCAAAUAAAUUAUAACAAAAGCAAUAUUACAAUGAAUUUAAGUGAUCUUGUUAGUAGCAGCCAUCAGUCUAUAAAGAUUGUACCUUCUAUUGAAGAUUCAUUACAAGAGAUGGGAUUAGAUGUUAAUCUUGACGAACAAACUAUUCUUUGGUUUAAUCAACUACAAUUAACUUGGAUGACGUGGAGAAAAAGUCCAACUGUGGAAAACCACUUGAAAUCCUUAUACCAAUUUGACAAUCCAUUUAGAAUAGCACUAGUAUGUAUAAUAAAGUGCCAAGAGUUUAAAGAUUGUAAGCCUAAGACUCUUCCUUUUUAUAUAAUUGAAUCCUUACAAAAAUGGUCUCAAAUGAAUAAUAGAAUACCUGAUGAAUCUUUAAAACUUCCAGCUUUUCAUAUAACAACAUUACAAAGAAAUCAAUACUUCCUCAACAAAGUUGUAAAAACUUUUGAUAUAAAGACAAUUAAACACAAAGUUCUACCACAAGUAAUAGAUAUGAUAAAGAAUGACAAUUGCAAACAAGCAACACAAUUUGUAAGUGCUUUAGAAUUAUAUGAUGAAAUACCAAUAGAAGAUUUGCUUUUUCCACUGAUAUUACAGGACAAAAUUAACAUUAUUGAUGAAUAUCUUGCUGAAUCACCAAGUCAAGUCAGACCUCUAUUAAAAUUCUUGGAUUCAUUGCUUGAUAAAAAGUGCAAUAUUAAAGAUUAUUUUCAAAAAUUUAUUGAAGAUCAUAAAGUUUAUAAUGUUAAACAUGAGAAGUUACACCAUAAACCCCUUGGAAAGUUAGUAGCCCGCAUCUGUAAUAAGUAUAAUGUUCCAAUUGAGACAUGUAAAAAUUUGAGUAAAAAUCGAACAUCAGGAGGGCUAAGGUAUUUAAUUUAUCAAAAAUAUGUAGAACACAAUGUGAGUGCUUCAGUGUGGGAUGAUUUGGUCAAGGACUCAUUAAAGAAAAGUGAAGGAUGUGCUGAGGAAUUUAUAAACAUGUUAAUUGACUAUGAUCAUAAUGAAGCUUUGAAAUGGGCAACAUAUUUAAAUAUACCCGAAGAUAAUCUACCUACAGCACUCCAAAACUUAUCUGUUAAGGAUGUUCCCAUUGAAGAAGAAAACUGGGAUGUUGUAUCAGAUCCAGCACAAAAAUUUUAUGAACUUUCCUUACCAGAAAACUGCAUCAUAAUGAUAGAUACAACUGAAAAGUUCUAUGAUGUCAUGAAUCAAUUAGAAAAAUGCAAUUUAGUCAGCAUUGAUUGUGAGUGGAAGCCAUCAUUUGGUGCAGCACAAUCACAAGUUGCCCUUAUUCAAGUAGCCACUCCAACAUGCAUUUAUCUCAUUGAUACUAUUAUUUUCAAUGAUAAGCAGUAUUCCAGCUUCUGGCACAGGUUCAAUAAAGGUCUCUUAGAAAAUGACGAGAUUAUAAAAUUAGGGUUCGGUCUUGAACAAGAUUUAAAGGAAAUUAAAGCUUCCAUUAUUGGUUUGUAUAAUAUCAAAAUAAAAGGUGAAGGAUUAUUGGAUUUAUCCCUGCUUUGGAGAACACUUAUUGAUAGUGGCCUCUCAUUUCCAAACACAUGUGAUAUUGAAGGAAAAGGUCUAAGUUCACUGGUACAAAUAUGCUUUGGAGUACCACUGAAAAAAACUGAGCAAUGUUCUAAUUGGGAACUCAGACCACUAAGAAAGACACAGAUACACUAUGCAGCCCUUGAUGCCUAUGUAUUAUUAGAUAUUUAUAGCUAUCUCCAGAAAUUGUCUAAUGAAUGUAAUAUAAAUUUUGAAGAGGUUUGUAAUGAAGUUAUGUUGGAUAAAAAAGCGAAAAUUGUUAAGAAGCCAAAAGCUAUUCAUAAGUUGGAGGCAACUGCAUGCACUUUUGUAAAAGAACCAAAACAUUUAAAGUUGCUUGUGGAACCAGAAUUAUCACGUUUGGUGGCUUACCUAAGGUACUGUGGAAUUGAUACAGCAGUAAUUUCAACAUCAAUGGUAUGGCAUGAUUCAGUAGGUUUUGCUAUGACUGAAGAUCGUUGCAUUGUCACAACUAAGUUGAAAUUGACAUCUACAUCUAAGUUUCCCCAAAAUUGUAUUUUAGAUGUAGGUAAAGGAACUGUUAAAGAUCACUUACAAAGAAUUUUCACAUAUUUUAAUGUUUCUGUACAUGAAAAAGAUCUUUUUAUGAGGUGUGUUUAUUGCAAUGGACUGGGUCUAAGACCAUUGAAUUGUGAUGAGCUUUCAGAUAUAUACAAUAAAUCUCAAACAAGUGUUGUGUCAACGGCUAGUUAUAAUCGUUUUAGAGAUGAUAGUUAUGAUGAGGAUUAUGACGAUGCAUUAGAUAAUUUUCUCAGUGAAUCUGAUGAUGAAGAGCCUUGUAUAUAUCCUCCACCAAAACAGAAUACACCUUGCACUACCAGUAAAGGUGCCACUAUAGAUCUGAGUAGUAUACAAAAUGUUUAUUCAUUUGCACAAACACAUAAGGACAAAUCUAUUACUCUUUGUGAUGAUUGUGGUAAACUUUAUUGGGAUGAAGAUGACACAUUCAAAUGCAUCAGGAAAGUAGUAUUACAAUUACUAAAUCUUAGUGUUUAGACUUAUUUUAUACUAUAAUUAAUUGCCAAUAGCUGAAUAGGUAUGACCAGAACAUCAGUUCAUUAAAAUAACUCAGUAUUUUAAUAAUUUAGACUUAGAUGUUUAACUGUAUGUACUUGUUGACUUUAUGAUCGUAAAAGAUAAGAUAAGAAAUAUGAAAUUAAGAUUCUGUUCUUUUAAUGUUUAUAAGAAUUUAUAAUAAUUUUACAAUUACAAUCAUAAAAAAUGUGCAAAUAAAUCAUAAGAGAAACUAACUUAGUGUUAUAAAAUCUUUAUUUAAUAUUGAUUGUAACAAAGUAAGGCGUUGCAAUUAUUAUUUGUAAUAUUUUUUAAACAUUGUUAAUGUAAUAAAUAAGGCCACCAUUGUGUAUCUGAAUGGACUAUCAAAUGAUAUCAAAUAUGAAAGUAAAAACGGUAUCUAAAUAGACAUAGUUUACACUUGCACUUCCAAAAACCGAUUUAAAAUUAACUCUAUCAAGCCAUGAUUUUAUACAGAACAUCUAUAAAAUUUUAAAGAUCUGAUUAUACAAUAAAUUUACUUAUGCAUUUGUAGUUUGUACUAGUACAAAAUCAAUAUCAUUUAUUAAAGUAUUACUUUGA